AUGGCGGAGGAUGAGGGACUGCAGCGCAUGGCGGAGGUGCCCAGCCUGGGGCGCCCGAUCAAGGGCGAUGGCGACUUUGUCGCCCUCAACAAGAUGUUGCGGGCGUGCUUUGUCUGCCGUCUUGUCAAGACGGAAAGACAGUUCAUAGAGGCGGGCUGUGACAACUGCCGCUUCCUGCGGAUGGAGGAUGACCGCGAUGCGGUGACCAACCUCACGACCCCCAACUUCACAGGGAUGAUUGCUGUCAUCAACCCCAAGAGCAGCUGGGCCACAAAGUGGGAGCGGCUAGACAAGGCCGUCCCGGGCUGCUACGCUCUGGCGGUCAACGAGGACCCCCCGCCGCGCUUGAGGGCGGACGCUGCAAUUGCUGCAGCGCGGUCGCCAUCACCCCUGGCAAGGGCAGUGGAGCCCGUGCAGGUGGAGCCCAACCCCGAGCACCAGCUGCGCCUGGCAUAUCUGGGCGACGAGUGCUGCGCGGUGAUCGAUGCACUGAACGAGCUCACCGCUCUGCAGCUGGGCGGCCAAGCUGUGUUCGCCGGCGCUGCGACGGACCUGCAGCGGGGUGCCGAUGCGCUGCGUAUGCUGUCGGAGGCGCUGGUGCAGGGGCGGGAGGAGGGCGAGCAGCAGCCAGAACCAGCAGGUCGCAUCCCCCUGGAAGAGGCCCUCCAAGAGGCGGACUCAGUGCUGUGCACGCUGGGGGCCUUGCAAAUGGAGGACCAGCAGCGGCUCAUCGCGCGGACGAGCCGGGCGCUGAGGGCGAUGCACGUGCAGCUGCUGAGGGCCCCGGGGCCGCAGGCGCUGGCGGGAGGCGCCUGUUUCAAGGCAACAAUUGAGGCCCAGCAGUCGUGGCGCUCCGUCGCAACGGCGUGCCGCGAGAGCAGCGCCACGGUCAGCGAAUGUGUAUCCGGCCUGGGGCUUGCGCUGAGCAAGCUUGGCUCGUCCAGGCAGCAGCUACUGGACGGCGGCUUGGAAGCAGACGCUGUUGAUGAGGGUGAUCGCUGGGUCGCCGCGUGCAUAGGGGCCCUGCAGCAGUACGCCAGCCAAGGGGAGCAGGCGGCCGCGCUGGAGCAGAUCGCUGCCAGGCUGGGCGCGCUGCAAGAGGGCCUGAAGGGCAAGUUUGGUGGAGGCUCAGGGCAGCCGCAAACACCAGAGCCCCCCACCCACCAGCGGCAGCAGCAACAGCAGCAGCAGCCGCAGGAGCAGGAGCAGCCGAAUGAGCAGCUUCAAGAGCAGCAGCAGCCGCGCGGUCAGCAGCAGUCGGUGCUGCAGCAGUCGCAGCAGCCGCAUCUGGAGCAGCCGCAGCAGCCGCACACGGCCCCCAGCUGCGGCCCCGACGCUGGCCCCGCCUCCCCGUCCGCCGCGCGCUCGCCGGCGCCGUCGCCGCUCGGGCGGCGCGGCGGCGGCGGGGCCGGCGGCGACAGCACGCCUGGCUCGGCGAUGGAGCCGCUUGCGGCGCUGCUGGACGAUCUCGUGGUGCAGUGCGGCUCCCUGCAAAAGGAAAUGAUGGCGCUGCGGCGCGAGGCACUGGACGGCGGCGGCUCGGACAGCGGCAGCGGCGGGCGCGCGCAGGGGGACGGCGGCGCGCCGCGCGCGGCGGGCGCGGGCGUUGGUGGCGGCGGCGGGAGGGGGCCGCGCAACCUGCUGGGCGACUUUGAGGGGCGCGGCUUGCGGUCUCCAGGGCGGGGUCGGUCGUACACGCGCUAUGACAACCCGUUGGCUCUGGCGGCGCCCGAGGACGACCCGGCGGGCAGCGGCGGCGGCGAGGGCGAGCGCGAGGAGGCCGCGGCGGCGCCGCAGGCGGCGAGCGAGCCGGCGUCGCCGACGCGGCUGGGGCCGGACGCCGCGGCAGACGAGCGGGAGUCGCAGAACACCGCCCGGCGCAGCAGCGGCGGCGGGGGCGCCGCGGCGGUGGGCGCGGCCGUGGGCAUGCGGGCGGCGGCUGGCGCGGCGUCCCCACCGCUGGAUGCGCAAGGCAGCGUGGCCGGUCGGCGAGGCGCCGGCGCCGAAGCCAGAGGCUCCCCUACGGCGGCUCUGCAGGCGGCACCCCUUGCACCAGGCUCGCCGCCGCCGCCGCCCGCGCGCGUGGCGGAGCUUUUUGACGCGCUGGCCGUCGUGCACGCGCGCUGCCCCGCCGCGCUGCGCGAGCUGCCGCGCUUCGAGGCGCUGAGCGGCCCCGACCUGCGCGCGUGGCUGGCGGCGGGCGCGGAGUGCGGGCGCGCGGCGGCGGCCAUAGGCGGCGCGGAAGCCGACGGCCGCGCCGGCGAUGCCCUGGGCGCCGCCAACGACCGCGAGGCGGGGCCCGAGUCCCUAGCCUUGAGCCCCAACGCGCCCGCAUCCCCUGGUUCGUGGCGCAUCCCAGCGGUAUACACCCCCGGCCGCCAGGUAGACAGUGACCCGGCGGCACCCGCGCCCGAGGCUCGCCCCUCACCGGGCCCGCCCGCCGUCGGCGCGCCUGGCAGCGGGGCGAGCGCCGACAGCAGCGGCAGCGGCGCUGCCGGCAGCGGCGGCGCUCGGUACGCGGGUGUGCAGGCGCCGCCCGUGUUUGAGGGUGCGUCUGGGUCUCACGGGCCUCAACUGCUGAAGCGGCGCGCCCAGCAUGCCGGCCGGGGCCGCGGCAGCUUGCUAGUUGAGGUGCCUGACAGCGCAGGGGGCUCUGCGCAACCGGAAGGCGGUGCGAGCAGCAGGGGAAGCAAUAGCAGCAGCUGCGGCGGCGGCAGCAGCGAGGGAAGGUUAGGUGGCGCGUCGCCGCAAGCGGCGGCGCUGUCGCAGCAGCAGCAGCAGCAGCAGCAGCAGCAGCUGCAGCAGGCCGAGGAGGCCGAGGCGCGAGAGCGUCAGCACACGCAGCAGGAGGCGAGGCUGCGCGCUGAGCUGGCGGAGGCGCGCGGCCAGCUGGAGGCCACCCAGCUGCAGCUGCGGCGCGCGCUGUACCGCGAGUCCCUCCCCUCCUCGGCCCGCCGCCGCAGCGGCUCGCUCACAGGCGCCCCGCCCCUCUGCGCGGAGCAGCCCCUGCUGGCGCCCGGCGGCGCCAUUCUGGAGGAGAAUUUCGGCAGCAGCGGCGGUGGUGUCGGCGGCUGCGGGGCUGACAGUGAUGAGGGAGAGGAUCCGCUGCGCCUGCAGCAGUCUGUCAUCGAGGUGCUGCAGCAGCAGGUCAGCGCCGCGCAGGCGCUCGCGCUCGAGCGCGGCGGGGAGGUGCGGCGGCUGGAGCGCCAGGUCAGCGAGCUGGGCGGGAUCGUGGUGGCCGCGGAGCGCGCGAUAAGCGGCGCGCUGGGCGCAGAGCCGCGGGCGGGCGCUGUUGGGGCGGGCGCGGGUGCCGGAGGGCUUCGGGCAGAGGGGCCGGGCGGCGGCGGCGAUGGGGCGGCGAUCUCGCGCGGCACCGCCGGGUAUGAGCGACCGCACAGCGGAAACAACAGCAGCAGAAGCAGCAGAAGCAGCAGCGGCAGCAGCAGCAGCAGCAGCAGCAGCAAUAGCAGCGGCGGCAGUAGCAGCGGCGACAGCUCGCAGAUCUCUGGGCGCUCGCAGAGCCCAGAGCGCGGACGCACGCGGCAACAGCGGCGGCGGCGGCGCCAGCUGGGGUCGCAAGCAGCAGGCGCGGGCGCGGCCGGGGCCGAAGCCGGGUCAGUGGAGCUGGAAAUUGAGUCUUCUCCAGACAGGGCCGUCCCCUUGCUGGGGCGCAACCCCCGGUACUCAGACGCCACAGAGCACUGCAGCAGCGCUGCGGCCGCGGCCGCGCCGGCCACGGGCGCCCUUCCAACUGCGGCGGCCGCGGCGAUGCCGGCGUCGCCGCUCGCCGCCGCCCGCGCCGCGGCCGCGGCCGCGUCGCCGCUUAGCCGCUCCCCCUCUCCGACGCGCCUUGCGCUCGAGGCACGCCUGACGCAGCAGGGCAGCGCCGCGCAGUCGCGCCUGCGCGCGCUGCUGGCGGCGGGCGGGCUGCCACGGCCGGGCGGCGCGGGGGCGGCCGGGCGGCGGCUGGCGAUUGUCGGGACCGUCCGCGAUGAUGGGGUCGUCACUCUUGAGCCCGUGGCUGACGCCGAGGCGGGCGGCGCCGCGCCGCAGCCGCAGCCGCAGCUGCCGGCCGGGCAGGGGCGUCCGCAGUACGUGCGCUUGGUGGAGGAGCCGGCGGGGCCGGAGGCGGCGGCGGCCGGCGCCACUGCUGCGCACGUGGUGUGGCCGGCUCGGGAGGAGUACGAGGCCGAGGUUGCGCGGCUGAGGGGGGAGCUCGAGGCGGCGCAGCUGCGGGUGCAGACGGGGCGCGCGGAUUACGACCUGCUGAAGCGGGAGCUGGAAGCCCAGGAGGCACAGAUGCCCCAAGUGAUACGGGAGCUGCAAGAGCAGCAGAUGCGCGUCCAGGCACUGCAGCACAAGGUGCAGGCCAAGGACUCGCGGCUCGCGGCUCUGCAGCAGGCGCUGGACACAGCGCGCGGGCCCGCUCCGACGGCGGGCUCGCCGCCGGAGCGCUCGCAGCGGCUCGAGGCCGCGGCGCAAACCGAGGCCGCGGUGGCGUCGGCGACGGCGGCGGGGGAUGUGGGUACGGCAGGGGGGGAGACGGGGGAGUGGCUGCUUGCGGAGCGGCUCUCGCAGCUUGAGCGCGAGAGCGCCGCGUGGGCAGUGGAGCGGGCGGCUCUGGAGGAGCGGGUCAGGACGCUCUCCCAGGAGCAGCGGCUGCAGCUGCUGCCGCCCGAGCAGCCGGAGCAGCGGCAGCUGAGGAGCCGCUCGGCCGAGGUGGCUGCAGAUGACGCGGCCCUGGGGGAGCAGGUGGGGCAGCGUGGUGGAUAG